UUUGGUAAUGUUAAAAAUAAAUAACCCACUAAUAAGUUUCUUACUUUUUUAUUUCUUAGUAGGUCUCUACAAUAGAACUUAUAUAGGCAAUAUCUAAUAUCUAUGUAGGUAUUAUACUCGAUGUGAAAUCAAGAUCUUUCUCAAAUAAUUAAAUAAAAUAAGUACACAUAAAUAAACUAAUAUUUCAUGAUAAAGAAAAAUAUUCACCUGAUAAUAUAUUUGAUUGUGUUUUUUAUAUGCUGACAAUUGGGGUAACUAUAAUGUGAUGUGGAAUGCCUAAGUGGUUCCGUAGCCCAUGGCUGGUUUACUAAUACCAUAAAUAUUAAAUUUUUAGUGCACCGUCCAGAACACUGCUUACUCGUAUAUUCGAUUAUUUAAAGACGUACUGGCUUUCAGGACAAGAAUACAGUUGAUUAACGACGGGUGACGGUCGACACAAUUUGUUAAUCAAAUAAAACACAAUAUAUUAUUUUAAGUUAUAAUUUUGAAAUACAAGCAUCGAAACAUAUAAUAAAAAUCUGUAAUCAAUAGUACAAAAUAAGUAAAUUAUUCUGCUUGAGACUAUAGUUGUUCAUACUGGGAAUUUAUAUUAUAAGCACUACGCAGCUGUUACGAAGUUCAUGACUUACUUGAGUUCUACAGUUGGAUUGGAAAAUGUGGGAUGCUAGACAAGGUCUGACUGAGUUUCACUCAUUGGGAUUGCUUAAGGUACGGCCCCACUGAACGCGAUUUGCGAUGCGAGCGUUUAUGCGAGCGAUAUUUUUCAGCGAUUUUUACGAUUUUGGUGGGGCCAGUCCCGCGUUUUUAUUGUUUUGUGGCGAAUGGUUUUAAUCGCCAAGAUGACUUCGUUCAAUUCAAACCGCGUGCGUAAAAUACUUUUGUCCGAAAGUUCUGCUUCAAUAGAAGCAAAAGUUGAAAUGUUUAAAGAACGUUUAUGGGUACAUGAAUUAAAUACAAAUAGAGAAAAAGAAGGUGAAUAUCAUACUCUUUUUUCUAAACUAAAAAAGCAUCCAGACAAGUUUUUUGAGUACUGCCGUAUGGAUGAAGAAACUUUCAACAUAGUUCUUGAUGCUAUUAAAGAUACUAUACAGAAAUCAGAAACAAAUUUUCGAAAGCCUAUAUCAUCAGAAGAGAGGCUUUUAGUUACUCUGAGAUUUUUGGCUACUGGUUGUAGUUUUAGAAGCUUAGCUUUCACCUUUAGAAUGGGAAAAACUACUAUUUCAAAAAUUGUAGUAGAGACAUGUAGUGCUAUUUGGGAUAAAUUAUUACCUACUUAUUUGCCGGAACCUACAGUUGAUAUGUGGAAAUCAAAUUCCAAAGAUUUUUAUAAAAAUUGGAAUUUUCCGAAUUGCCUCGGAAGCAUCGAUGGAAAACAUAUAAGGAUUAAUCAGCCACAAAAUUCGGGUUCAAUGUACUACAAUUACAAGCAUUUUUUUUCUAUACAUCUACUUGCUGUUUCUGAUGCAAAUUACAAAUUUGUGAUGGUUGACAUUGGUGCGUAUGGCAGGGAAAGCGACGGCGGAGUUUUAAAAAAUUCAGAAUUUUUCAAAAAACUUCAAAAUAAAGAACUAAAUAUUCCUAAUAAUGCAGAACUUCCAAAUACCAACAUCAAAGUUCCAUACACAUUCAUAGGCGAUGAAGCAUUUUCAUUAUUAGUUAAUAUAUUACGACCAUAUCCUGGCAAACAACUCAUAAAUAAUAAUAAAAAAAAAGUAUUUAAUUACAGACUUUCUCGGGCAAGGCGCACAGUUGAAAAUACUUUUGGGAUUCUAUCCUCGAAGUGGAGAAUAUUAAAUAAAGCCAUCGAAACUAAUAUUGAAAAUGCUAUUAUAAUUACAAGAGCAGUAUGCAUAUUGCACAAUGUAGUAUUAACGCAUAAUAAGCAACCAAUACAAAAUAUUAUUCAAAGUUUAUCUGAAGAAAAAAUUGCUAAUAUCUCUGACGGCAGAAGAAAUAAUAGAUUUAGUACAGAUGCCAGAGAAAUAUUCGCCGACUAUUUUAUUAGUGAGUAUGGUUCAGUUCCUUGGCAAAUGGACUAUAUUUAACAGAAGGUAGAUAAUGUAACUUUGAUAAUAUCAUAUAGAAAUAGGUAUUACAUUUUUAAAAUAUUUAUUUGACUUUUGUCACAGGUAUCAAUUUAUUUUUUAAAUUUUAAAACGUUUAAUACCUAUAGGAUAGGGACAUACCUAGGUAUAUUAUUAUAUAUUUUGUUCAUUUUUUUUUUAACUUUAUUUCGUUAUUAAACUUAUUUACCUAUAGUGAAAUAUACUGCGACGAUGUAAUAAUUGUUCUUCAAUUUUAAAUUUCAAUCAAAUCGUAUUACUAUUUUAAAACCAAAUAUAAACAGGAAUAAUUAUUAUUUUCAUUUAAACCGUAGGUCUGGAUUAUUUAUAUUUUGUAUUUGUGUACAUUAUAAUUUAUAAGUAGCUGCUCGUAUAUUAGACUUCGACUUUAUUAUUAAAAAUAGAAUAAUAACAUAUGGUCAGCUUAUUCAAUUGAUUCAAAUGUAAUUUCCCAAUCGGUUAUCUAUAAUAUUCUAUCGAGUAAUUUUUAAUAAUUUUUAUUUAUAAUCAAUGUAUAUGGUUGUAAAUGUUCAAUAAGCUAUAUGUAUCAGAAUAAUAUUAUAUUGUAAUACCAAUAGGUACCUAAUGACUGAUGUACGAAUGUACGAUGUACCUAUACUUUUUAUAAAGUUCGCAAUA